AUGUCAGGAGGAAGAGGAGGGAGACAACCUGAUAUAGGGUGGACGUACGGUCAGCCCAUUUCCGAUAAUCGAUUCGGGAGUAUUUGUGAUUUAUGUGACCAUGUAUCGAGGAGUGGUGGGAUAACCCGCCUAAAGAAGCAUUUAGCCGGAGGGUAUCGCAAUGUUGCGGAUUGCCCUAAGUGCCCAAAGGAUGUGCGAGAACAGAUGAAAACCAUAUUGAAAAAAAAUGUGAAGUCAAAAGAUGAACGACAUGUGCGGGAGAGGGAGAUUAAGGAGGAGUUGGGGCGGCCGCCAUAUGCAAGUGAGGAUGAUGUAGUGGAUCUUGAUAAUGAUGAUGAUCCCGAAUAUAGACGCGCAAUUCAAGAGUCCAUACGGGAUCAGUGGGAGAGGGAUCAGAAUAGGAGGUGGGACACAAGUAGGCCUAGAUUUGAGGGGUCUAUCCAUGAGCGUGGUGGGGGGAGUGGAGCAGGGAAGAGUGUUAGGGGUGGAUCGAGGGAGGGUAGUAGGCGGGGAGGAAUAUGGGGCAUGGGCAGGAGUAGUAGCAUGCGGGUGCCGGAUCUACCUUCAGAUCCGAGGAUGUACAAAGAGGCAGGAGGGACACAAAAGAAAAUAAAGGAGAUGCUUAGUGGAGGGGAUGUAAGGAAAAAAGUUAAAAAAUUUAUAGCGAAAUUUUUUAUAUACGAUCAAAUCCCCGCAAAUGUCGCUGCAAGCCCGCACUUUAAAAAUAUGAUUAGUGAAGUGCAGCGUGGGGGUGAGGGUGUGCAGCCGCCCACACCCGCACAGAUUAUGGGGAAAUACUUGGAUGAUGAACAUACAGAAAUGAAAACAUACGUUGAUUCGUAUCGGCAGUCAUGGGAGAUGGGACGGGCGGUGUUCCUAAAGAGUAUAGAUGUGAGUAGUAAGAUUAAGGAUUAUAACUACAUUUACAAACUAAUGCACAACGUCAUGCAAGAUGUUGGGAGGAGAAAUAUUGUGCAGUUUGUUACGGAUAAUGGGAGUGCAUUUGUUAAGGCGGGAAAGGAUAUUCAGAGCAAGUAUCAUAUGUAUUGGACCCCCUGCGCAGCCCAUUGCAUCGAUCUCAUGCUGGAGGGGAUCGGGGAUAGGCCGUCGGUGAAGACUGUAAUUACUGAUGCACGACUCAUCACAAACUUUGUAUACAACCACAGCUGGUCAUUAGCCGCAAUGCGCAAGAGGUGUGGUGGGGAUAUAGUGCGCCCCGGAGCGACGCGGUUUGCCACAAAUUAUAUCGCCUUAAGUAGCCUUCUUAAACACAAACAGAGGUUACGAGAGCUUUUCGCCUCUCAUGAUUACGUAGAAUGGAAAAAAAGAUUAACGAAAGUAACCUAUAGAAUUGAGGAGCUGGUGCUAGGAAAUUCAUUUUGGGAUAAAGUGUGUGAUAUUGUGGGUAUUAUAGAGUCUAUUUAUGUGGUGUUGAGGAUGGUGGACAAUGAGACAAAUCCGUCAAUGGGGUUGUUGUAUCCGUCUAUACAGCUGAUGAAAGAACUAUCAUGGUUAAAGCUCUCAAUGCAUAUAAGUGGGUGCAUGCAAUAA